AUGGGGGGCUUUGCCCAGAGGAUGGGGGACCCUGGCUCCCCGCCCGACUCCACGGUCAGGCCUUAUCCAGAUCUGCUCUUCCCUGAUUUGGCUGUACCUGCUAGGCUCCUGGGACCCAGGCCAGGCCUCCUCAUAUACUUCCGGGUCAUCCUCCUCCUCCUCCUGGCCCUGACUCUGCUCCUGCUGGCCAGAUUCCUGCACUCGGACUUAGAGCUGGACACACCCCUGUUUGGGGGCCAGGCUGAGGGGCCGCCGGUCACCAACAUCAUGUUCCUGAAGACGCACAAGACGGCCGGCAGCACGGUGCUCAACAUCCUCUACCGCUUCGCCGAGACCCACAACCUGUCCGUGGCGCUGCCCGCAGGCUCACGCGUCCACCUGGGCUACCCCUGGCUCUUCCUGGCGCGCUACGUGGAAGGCGUGGGGUCGCAGCAGCGCUUCAACAUCAUGUGCAACCACCUGCGGUUCAACCUGCCUCAGGUGCAGAAAGUCAUGCCCAACGACACCUUCUACUUCUCCAUCCUGAGGAACCCCGUGUUCCAGCUGGAGUCCUCCUUCAUCUACUACAAAACCUACGCCCCCGCCUUCGGGGGCGCCCCGAGCCUGGACGCGUUCCUGGCCUCGCCGCGGACGUUCUACAACGACAGCCGCCACCUCAGGAACGUCUACGCCAAGAACAACAUGUGGUUCGACUUCGGCUUCGACCCCAACGCGCAGUGCGAGGAGGGCUACGUGCGCGCGCGCAUCGCCGAGGUGGAGCGGCGCUUCCAGCUGGUGCUCAUCGCCGAGCACCUGGACGAGUCCCUGGUGCUGCUGCGGCGCCGGCUGCGCUGGGCGCUGGACGACGUGGUGGCCUUCAGGCUCAACUCCCGCAGCGCGCGCUCCGUGGCCCGCCUGUCGCCCGAGACCCGGGAGCGCGCGCGGAGCUGGUGCGCGCUGGACUGGCGCCUGUACGAGCAUUUCAACCGCACCCUCUGGGCGCAGCUGCGCGCCGAGCUGGGGCCGCGGCGGCUGCGCGGGGAGGUGGAGCGGCUGCGCGCCCGGAGGCGCGAACUCGCGACCCUGUGCCUGCAGGACGGCGGCGCGCUCAAGAACCGCACGCAGAUCAGAGACCCGCGCCUGCGCCCCUACCAGUCCGGCAAGGCCGACAUCCUGGGUUACAACCUCCGGCCGGGCCUGGACAACCAGACGCUGGGCGUGUGCCAGAGGCUUGUGAUGCCUGAGCUCCAGUACAUGGCCCGCCUGUACGCCCUGCAGUUCCCAGAGAAGCCCCGCAAGAACAUCCCGUUCCUGGGGGCGUAGAGGGGCCGGGCUGGGGACGAGGCCUCCUGCGGACACCAGCUCCUCUCUCCGCCGUCACCGGGGAGGCCGAGGAUCCUUGCAGGGCUUCUGGGACGUUGGGAAACCCAGGCCCGCCGGCCACGGCUCUAAAAUGAAGAGGGCGGAGACCCCGGUGAAGAGCACCCCCCACAAUCCGCGCAGAUCCCUCCCAGAGAGGGCCCUGAGCCCAGGCGGCAGCCACCCGCCCCCCCUUCCGAGGCUGUGCCUCUGUUCGCUGAAUAGAACUGAACACGAGGGUGGGGAGUGGGGGAUGCUGGAUCACAGGUCAGCACCUGCCCGGCAGGAUGCGCAUGCCUGUGAGCCCCGGGACUCCCCAGGGUCCUGGGCACUGGGGCUGUGGGUCCUCGGAGGAACUCAGAGUGGUUCCCCUGAAUUUCCCGGCCCUGGCGACAAGGUGCUGGUCCCAGAGACAAGUGCAGGCACAGGCAGUGCCACAAAGACCGGCCCGGGAGCGGGGCAGGGGCCAGGGCUCAGCCGCUCCCGAACAGCUCCACAUCUGUCGCUGUAGGAGGUUUGGUUCUGAUGGAAGGAUGUUUUCUACAGAGAGAUGGCACAACUGCUCACAAGACCAGGGUUCUAGCCGGAGCCCAGGUCGAGCUCAGCUCCACGACUCCUGCUGGUCAGCCCCUAAUGCCUCGUGAAGGAGAGGAGUCUCACUUGCCAAAGGAGGCUGGAGUGGUUGGGGGUCCACACACCCUUGGUUGCCUUGGAGACCACGUUGGGUGUGGUGCCAGAGGGCAGCUGUGGGUACCCCUCUUUGUCAUUCACAGGGAGGGACAGAGCCUCCCUGCCUGGCAGGACGUGAUCCCUGGCUGCCAGGGGCUCAGCGGUUAAAGGGGGUGCACUCGCCGGGACCAGCCGAUGCCUGGGGCACCCAGGAAACGCAGCUACUCUGCAGCAUGCUCAGCCUGGAGGCUGAGACCCCAGCAGUGGAUCUAGGCCUGCAGGUCUAGGUGUGUCCACGCUUUUUUGGGGACGGGAAACCAGCAUUUCAAAGAAGGGAGAGAACCCGAAACAGCAGCAUAGGCAGCUUCCUCGGACCCCAGUGUAAUGGGGGAGCUUCAGGAAGAGUGAAUUUUCAGUGAGAGUCGGCCGUGAAGAAUGGCAGGAGCUCUGCUGAGUCAGAGUCAGCCAGGGACCUCGGCAGGCCACCCUCCCUCCCCCCUCAGCCCAGGGAAGGCACAGGAGAGGAUCCUGCCAGGUAAAGGGAAAGCGGCCCGGGAGGAGCCCACGUGCCAACAACAGGAGUCCCAGAAGACAGAAAAGACCACAGAUGAGAAAGCAGGUCACGCAGAGAACAAAACGUUCCCGGACCAAACCCAGGGUCGGGUUGCUCAUUCCCGAGGCCCGACAGCGAGACGCAGAUGAACUGGGGAAGAAGAGGGAUUUUAUUUCUGUAACUGGUUACAGGGAGAAGGCCUGGAAAUGAUCGCCAGACCAACUCCAGAUUACAGAGUUUUUCCAGAGCUUACACACCUUCUAAGCUCUGUGUCUCCGUGUCAGUGUGCAUUCGUCUAAAGACGUACGUGAUUCAAUUCUUCUCAUCUCUAACUGAGGUCUGGUCCUGAAGAUCUUCCUCUGGAGACUCAGUAAAUUUACUUGAUCUAAAUGGGCCCAGGUGUUUACCCUUAUCUUGUCUUCUGCUAAGUCAUGGAAGUUUGGGGAGUUCCUUCUCCACUUGUUUGUGGAGGCCUGGGGAGUUUCUUCAGACCCCCAAUAAAACUUGUUUAAUCCUAAACGGGUCCUGGUCUUAUCACGCUUCAAGGCCCAAGAAAGCCCCGGGCAAAACUCUUGGUGGGCUUUUGUUACAUCCCAGCCUUUGUGUGAGGGCGCUGGCUCUCAGCUUUCAGGAUUUCACCUCACCCUCAGUCAGUGCUGAACAGUUGUCGCGGAGGCCUGCGUGAGUGAGGCCUGGCCUGCGCUGGAAACGUUCCCCUGAGUUGAAGAAAGACUCACAGUUUUCAGCAUCUAGUUACCCUCUGAGCAUCGGGCAGAACCCGCCGGCCCCAAAUUCAGCAUCCAGUUACUCUCUGACCAUCAGGCAGAACCCGCCGGCCCCAAAUUCAGCAUCCAGUUACUCUCUGACCAUCAGGCAGAACCCGCCGGCCCCAAAACCAGGCCCCCUGGGCACAUGUGGGCCCAAGUGAGUCCAGCAUGAGGAGGUGCCGCUUCUGAGCAGAGCUCAGGUCGUCUCUGGGAGGAGGAGCGAGCGUUGGGCGCGGUGGCCGCUGCGUUGGCAGCCCUGUCCCCAGGCGUGGACUCUGCCCUCAGCUUCACAGUCACUGAAGAAAUGAAGUUACAGGAGGGGCGCACCAUCCUUUUGUCUCUGCCUUUGAGGUUGGCGGGAACUGAAACUGGUACUGUCUUUUUGAAUAGAAAUUUGGGGUCUUUCUGGCAACGUAAAACUGUGUGUAGUUUGCAGUAGAGAGUGUUGAGAACAGCCUGUCCGGGCUGUGCAUUGAGAAGGGGCGGUUAAAAUGCUGCCACAUCGUGCAGCCCAUAAAAGGGGGACACAGAGUAGCCCAAACUGCUCUUGGGGGAGGGGGCACGUCCCAGCCUUCCGUGUGAUGCUGGGGUCAGCGUGGCCCCUCGGCUGCCAGAGCUCACGAAGACGGUUAAGGAAGGCUUCCCCCUGGUGGCUUUCACCCCACGGGGACAGAGCCCCAGAUGUGCCCAGGGACCUCUGAGCAGCCGUGGGCCACGGGGUGACAGUUGGGGGUUGGUGGGACCCAUGGCUGGCAUAUACCCUGGGUAGACGGUGGCUUGUCCAGGCAGAGAUGCCCAGGGGAAGUGGGUGGCACCUGAGGGCAGAUCUGACUUUUCAAGAGAAGCUGAAAACACGGGUUUUUCUGUGAAAUCUCUAGAUUAAAAACAGUG